GAUGGAGCCCCUGACAGUGCUCCCUGCAGAGCCUCCCGUGCUGGAAACCCCCCAGAAGUUCUUCCUGCGGGUGAAGUGGCAACUGCAGCAGCAGCACAAAGCGCCUUCAACCCAAACCCAGCAGAAUAUUCCUCCUUUCACGGGUGUGGAGAAUCCUUCAGUCCAGCCUGCUUGUGCUGAGCAGCCAGGGAAUGAGGCUGCAGAGAAUGUGGACUCUGAUAAGGAUGAUGUGGAUGUUUUCCUGGUGGAAUCUAUAGAAGUGGAUGCUGAUGGAGAAAUGUCUCAAAGUACAGUGGCUACUCCUUUGCAAGUAAACUCCAGCCCUUGGGAAAACGGGGAUCAGGUAGAAGGAAGGUGGGGAAAUGGAGAAGCAAAACGUACAGAGCUUGAUAAAGACAGCAGAGAGCUGCAGCCCAGUCAAAAACCAGCUGCUCCAGCAGUGGAAAAGGCACCAGAGACUAAUCCUGAAAAGCCUUCCCAGUGCCUCUGUGACAUUGUGGUCGCCUCUCCAGUCCACAUUCCAAGGAAUCAGAAGGUGGCAGAAGGCCCCAAGGUCUCAUUGGAUAAACCAGUCGAUCAACCUGCUGGCAAAGCACGGAAAGAGAAAAGCAUCUGCCUGAACAGCUGGAGGAUUAAAGUGCUGGAUGGAAACACGGCAAUCUGUGUGGAAGGGAAAAGGAAGGACAUGAGGCAGCUGCUGUGGCACAGCAGCGCCAUCACAGAGCGCCUCACUCACAACCAGGUGAAAACCUCCACGGGUGCUGUGUACCUGCUGCAGGGCAAGAUAGACUCAGCUGCCAUGAGGAGGGAAGGCUUCCCCUACCGCUUCACCAAGAGAUUCACCUUCGGCUUCUCCACAAGGUGGAAGGAGUACGUGGAGGAGUUCCUGAAGGAAAGGAGGAGGAAAGAACGAAAACCACGAAGUAAUGAUGUGGAAGGAAAUGAGGAGAAUAACUGUGAUUCUGUGAGGGGAACUGAUGUGUUGGAAGCAGCAAGAGGCUCAGCGAGGAAUGCAAAGAAACCUGCACUGAGGAACUCCACCUCUGAGGCAUCACCAGGGAGUGAUGAGAAUACCUUCAUAACACCAAAGGAGAGGACCAGGAAUAACUCGAGCAGGGUCUACACCCGCAGCGGGCGCCUCGUCAAACCCCCCCUGAACUUCUGGUGUGGGCAGAGGGAGUUUGUGGAUCAGAACCUAAAUGUCACCAUAGAAAAUGGGGGGGUGGAUUAUCUCAGCCUGAUGCUUAGUAGUGAAAAAUCCAAAAGAAAGACCAGUUCAGAAUCCAAGCAGAGAAAUCCAAAGGAAGGCAUGAAGACAACAGAGGAAAUGCUAAAAAGCCAAAGUAAAGGGAAAAGCAGGGACGGAGGAGCCACGGCCAGAGGAGAAUCCCGAGCUGCCGGCAGCAGGAAGGACAGGCGCCUCCUUUCGGAUGAGGAAAAUGAUCCUGGAAUCAGGGCCACAGAAAAGAAAUCCCAGCUCCCUGCCAGGGGGAAUUCCUUAAACACCAAGGUGUUGAACAAGCAGAGCAGCAGAGCCCCGGGGCCAGCAGGGAGAGCAGCAGGCUCUGCAGAGCGGGGCUACAGGAGCUCCCUCAGGUCAGCCAAGCAGCACCUCCCAGCAAAGGAGAGGGUUCUCCUCACCCAGGGACCCUCAGACCAGGAUGGGGGGGAGCAGUCCAGUGAGGACCCCCCACUGCUGAUCAAGAGGAAGAAGAAAUCUAUAUUAAAACCAGAGUCUCGGAACUGGAAACCUUGCUCUGGCUCUAAAAGUUCCCGAGAUGGUGCAAACAAGUCCUGUGGCCAAAGGACAGAAAAGCCCUCCCAGAAUGUGCUGGUGAGGCUGAGUGGGCCCGAGUCCAGUGAGGAGUCUGAGCCCCCUCCUGAAGGGAAAACAUCUUCUGAGUCCAGUGCUUCCCUUCUGGCUGCCCACAGAGCCAGCCCUGGCAGGAACCAGCUCGAGUCUGACACCGAGUCUGAAACCGGGCCAGAGGAAUUUCACAGGAAGGACAGGAAUGCCACAGCACCCCGAAUUAAAAUAGGCUGUGGAGACUCCAGCACCGACAGGGCUUCAGCAGCAAAACCCAGAGAGCACGAGAGGCCAAAGGGGCAGAAAUCUCUGGAACUUUUUCCAAGGGCAGGUGAUGGUUGGUCUGAGAAGGAAUUGCAGAAGCUUCACAGGGCCAUCGUGGUGCUCCCCAAGCACAAGAGUGGCUUCUGGCAGGACGUGGCCAUGGCCGUGGGGUCCCGCUCGGCCCAGGAGUGCCAGGAGAAACACCUGGAGGAGCAGCAGGGGAGAGGCUCCAAACAGCAGCAGCCCAAGAAAAGCACAUCAGGAAAAUCUGAGCAGAAAGAUAAGAAGGAGGCAGUGAUCACUGCCAAGGUGGGCACCCUCAAACGGAAGCAGCAGAUGAGGGAAUUCCUGGAGCAGCUGCCCAAGGACAACCACGAAGAUGUCUUCACUGCCACGCCCUUCCAGAGCAGGAGGGUGCAGCUGCCAGCACUGCGAGCGAGCUGGGACGAGGACGCCGAGGAUUUCACACUGUCAGAGUUCCCAAUCUCCCCCUCCUCAGGGCUCCUCCCCUCCGUGAAAACCCCGCAGUGUGAGCACAUCAGCCCGGGAAUGCUGGUCCCCAUCAACAGGAAUGACUGUGACCGGCACGUGUUCCGCAUGCAGAAGAACACGCGGGGCAGCAGAGGCAUCUGGGACAAGAUCAAGAAGAAAUCGGCCACAGCUGCGCUGGGGACUCCGGCUUCCUGCAGAACCAAGAGAGUGAGCCCGACCCGGGUGGUGGGGAAGCUCUUCACAGCUGAGACUCCAGACACAUCCAGUGAGGAUCAGGACGAUUUCUACUUUUCCAUCUGAUGGACUUUGUGGCUGUGUUGUUAAAGACUUUCUGUUCAGAGCACAGAGGUUCUGCUGCCCCUUUGGGAGGGAAUUCUGGAAUGAUAAGUUCAGUUUGGAAAAGCUGCCCUGCCGUGCUUUUAUGUGGUUUAACCUCAUUUCCCCCCCUGCCAGCAAUGCUUGGCUUUUCCAUGUGUACAAAAUGGCACUUCCAUGUCCAGGCUCCUCCUCUCCAUGUCUCCUUUCUCCUGGGAAGGAGCAAUGUACAUAGUUACCAAUGACUGCCAAGUUCUGAUCCAUUUUAAGUUAAAAUAUCUUCUAGGCUGUGUGUGUAAUAAACUCAGGUACAGUCUGGAAGGAACUGAAAUUGCUUUUUAAUUUACUCUAGGGAGAGCUUCAAUUGUUACAUUUCCUUAAUGUAAUAAACAAGGACAAGCUUUUUUUACUCA